UUUCCACUUCGCUGAGCCCUAUACCUUCGCCAAACCCACACUCAUUGCAACCAUGGAAUCCCACACCCUCCCCAUCACCCCCCAAACCACCAUCCACUUCACCAUCACCCAAACCCCCACCCCCAAUACCAACCCCCUCCUCAUCUUCCUCCACUACUGGGGCGGCUCCAGCACCACCUGGUACAAGCAAACCUCCCCAACCUCCCCACACACCCUCACCAAAACCCACAACACGGUGACCAUCGACCUCCGCGGCUGGGGCCAGUCCACAGGCCCUACCACCGACCCAAGUCCCAAAGACUACUCCAUCACCCCGAUGGCCAGCGAUAUUGUCUCUGUGAUCAAUCACCUCCACACCACCACCCCCCUCCUAACCAACGGCAUAACCCUAAUCGGCCACUCCAUGGGCGCCAAACUGUGCCUGGCUGUCCUCUCCACCCUUCCCCCUCCUCUCCUCUCCCUCAUCAAAGGAUUAAUCCUCCUUGCACCCGCCCCACCGAGCCCGCUCAUCCUCCCGGAAGAAAUGAGCAACCAACAACGCAGCGCCUACACAAGCGAAGACUCAAUCCGAUGGACCGUUACGAAUGUCCUCUCCAACACAGCGAGCCUCUCUGCCAAUGAUAUGGAUAUGAUCGUGAAGGAUAGUUCAUCCGGUAAUGCGUUAGCGCGUGACGGGUGGAUCUUGUAUGGCAUGGCGGAGGAUAUUACCGCUCUGGUGGAUGGGGUUGUGGGGAGGUUGGAGGGGAGGGAGGUGAGGGUUUAUGUGGUUGCGGGGGAGGAGGAUGCUGUGGAGAGUAGGGAGAGGGUGAAGAGGGAGGUGGUGGGGUUUUUGAGAGCGAGGGAGGGGUUUAGGGUUGAGUUUGAGGUGCUGGGGGGCGUGAGGCAUUUGGUGCCGUUGGAGGAGCCGGGGGUGGUGCGGAGGGCGGUGGAGUGGGUGGGUUAG